AUGGGCGUCAACGAUGCUGUAGCUGGGCUGCACCAGCUAACCCGCCGUGACGAUGACAACCCGCAAGAUACGUCGAAUUCGGCCUCGAGUUUGGUCACAACCUUGGUUCCGUCCCUGGUUGUGGCCGUCGUCAUGGUUCUGGUCUUCGUGAUCCUGCGUCGAAGCCAACGCCGCAUGUACAUGCCCCGUACCUACCUCGGAUUUUUGCGACCCUCGGAACGCAGUCCUUCUUCGCGCACCGGCCUGUGGAAUUGGAUCGUUGACAUGUACAAGCUGCCCGACGAGUACGUCUUGCAGCAUCACUCCAUGGACGCCUAUCUUCUGCUCCGCUUCCUGAAAAUGAUUACAAUUAUCUGCUUUGUCGGUUGCUUGAUUAUCUGGCCGAUCCUGCUACCUGUUAAUGGAACCGGUGGAGCAGGAAAAUUGCAAUUGGAUCUCCUGAGCUUGUCAAACAUUGCUACUGAGUCCAUGGCUCGCUACUUCGCUCAUGCCUUCAUGGCAUGGAUCUUUGUCGGCUUCGUCUUUUAUACCGUUACCCGCGAGAGCAUCUUUUAUAUCAACUUGCGUCAGGCCUAUUUUCUCUCCCCCGCUUACGCAAGCCGACUCUCGUCGCGCACCGUACUUUUCACCGCCGUCACUGAGGAUUACCUCAAUCGCGACAAGAUUCGGCAGAUGUUUGGUAUCGACAAGGUGAAGACCGUUUGGGUCGCUACCGAUACGAGUGAGCUUGAGGACAAGGUCAAGGAUCGGGACGAUGCCGCCAUGAAACUGGAAGCGGCCGAAACCAAGUUGAUCAAGCUGGCAAACACCGAGCGGGCCAAGGCACUGAAGAAGAGCGGAAAUGUCGAGGACGACGCCGUCCCGCUCGAGAACAUGGCGGGCGAGCCAGACGACGAGUCAGGCUCCAUCGCUGCCCGUUGGGUCAAGCCUUCGGACAGACCCACUCACCGUCUGAAGUUUCUCAUCGGAAAGAAGGUCGACACCAUUAAUUGGGCGAGAUCGGAAAUCGAACGUCUCACCCCUGAAAUCGAGGAGCUUCAGGCUAAGCACCGUGCUGGUGAUGCCAAGCUGGUCUCGUCCGUCUUUGUUGAGUUCUACCAUCAAGCCGACGCACAAUCUGCCUUCCAGUCUGUUGCUCACAACCUGCCUCUGCACAUGGCGCCCCGUUAUAUUGGUUUAGAUCCCACACAAGUCGUUUGGUCGAACUUGCGCAUCAAAUGGUGGGAGCGUAUCAUUCGUUAUGCUGGAACAAUCGCGUUUGUUGCAGCUCUUGUCAUUUUCUGGGCCAUCCCCACCGCUUUUGUCGGUUCUAUUUCCAACAUCGACUCCUUGACGAACAAGGUGCAUUUCCUAAAGUUCAUCAACGACGUCCCUGGCUGGAUCAAGGGUGUCAUCACCGGUCUUCUACCCACCGUCCUGAUGUCGGUACUCAUGGCUCUGUUGCCCAUUGUCCUGAGACUGAUGGCCAAGCUUGGUGGCGCCCCCAGCGCUGCGGCUGUUGAAUUGACCACUCAAAACUUCUACUUCGCCUUCCAAGUGGUUCAGGUCUUCUUGGUCGUGACCCUCGCUUCCUCGGCGUCCAGUGUGGUGACUAGAAUCAUCCAGCAGCCCACCUCCGCUGCCUCGCUCCUUGCGCAGCAUAUCCCCACGGUGUCGAACUUCUACAUUUCAUACAUCAUCUUGCAAGGGUUGUCAUUCAGCUCCGGCGCUCUUCUGCAGAUCACAGGUUUGAUCCUGGGUAAGAUCCUAGGCAAGCUGCUUGACUCCACCCCGCGUAAAAUGUACACUCGCUGGUCAUCCCUCUCCGGUCUUGGGUGGGGAACCGUGUAUCCUCCUCUGACCCUUCUGGCUGUUAUUGCCAUCACGUACUCCUGCAUUGCACCCCUGGUACUCGGCUUUGCAACCGUUGGUCUGUACCUGUUCUAUUUCGCCUACCGGUACAACAUGUUGUAUGUGUCCAACGCCGAUAUUGACACUCAAGGCAAGGCCUAUGUCCGCGCUCUGCAACAUAUCACCGUGGGCUGCUACCUGCUCGUGGUGUGCUUGAUCGGUCUGUUUGCUAUUGGCACUGCGUCCAAUAAGGUGGCGCUCGGACCCAUGAUUCUGAUGAUCAUCUUACUUAUUUUCAUGAUCUUGUACCAUGUUUCUCUUCAGACAGCUCUGGACCCGCUGAUCCAAUACCUCCCCAAGAAUCUGGAGGCUGAGGAGCAGAGUCUUCUUUCCUCUGAGCCAACCAAGCAGAGCCAUUCUGCGGGAGAGGAGGUUGAUGGUGUUCAUGCCGCCGGCUCGGGCCAGGACGGAGAGAACGGUAAUUUUGCCAGUAUCGACACUGCGGAGAAGGGUAUACACACCGCACCCGCAGUCAUUGGACAGAAACCCAACCUCUUCAUCAAGUGGCUUCGCCCCGACAAAUACGAUGGAUACUGGCAAUUGCGGCACCUUGUUCCCGAUGGCCACGAGUCCAUCCAGUAUUCCGCCGAGGUCGAGCGCGACGCGUAUUUCCACCCCUCAAUCACUUCCCAACCACCCCUUCUGUGGAUUCCUCGUGAUAAACUCGGCGUGAGCAGGCAGGAAGUCAAGCACUCGUCCCGGGUGAUCCCCAUCACUGAUGAAGAUGCAUGGCUCGAUGACAAGAAUAAGAUCCACUGGGAUGAGGACAAGGGUGUUCCACCCAUCUACGAGGAGAAGGUCUAUUAUUAA